AUGCUUUUCUCUCAGUUUCCAGAAUAUGACGACCUCUACUGCAAGUACUGCUUCGUGUACGGCCAGGACUGGGCCCCCACAGCGGGUCUGGAGGAGGGCAUCUCACAGAUAGCAUCCAAGAGCCAAGAUGUACGACAAGCACUGGUGUGGAACUUCCCCAUCGAUGUCACCUUUAAAAGUACCAACCCCUAUGGCUGGCCACAGAUCGUGCUCAGUGUGUAUGGACCAGACGUGUUUGGGAACGAUGUGGUCCGAGGCUACGGAGCGGUGCAUGUACCCUUCUCUCCUGGACGGCACACGAGGACCAUCCCCAUGUUUGUGCCGGAGUCCACAUCUACGCUGCAGAAGUUCACAAGCUGGUUCAUGGGACGGCGGCCUGAGUACACAGACCCCAAGGUGCUGGCCCAGGGUGAAGGCCGGGAAGUGACCCGUGUCCUCUCUCAGGGCUUUGUCACCCUCCUCUUCAAUGUGGUGACCAAGGACAUGAAGAAGCUGGGCUAUGACACUGGGCCUGUGGACACACAAGGAGUCCUGGGUCCCAGCCUGUCACAGAAUAACCUACAAUGAAAGCAUCAGCCUUUCCGCCACUACUAUGGCCCAGGUGCCUCACAGCCCACACACAAUCAAGGACUCAAGCAGCCCGGCUGGGAAGUGGAGAGCUGAAGACAGUUUUCUAUAAUAAAGCAUCACAUUU